AUGAUUGCGACGGAGCAACGCGAAACCAUAGUAUUGGGGGUCGGUGGCAUUCAGGCAGGUUUCGGUACGGGCAAAACAAUCUUUGGUGCAAUUAUUGCUGCUCGAUGGGCAGCAGGAGUUGCUUCCACCCUGGCAACAGCAAGUACUAAUGCGGCUGUAGCCCAGUUCGCCCAGACGAUGUUAUCGCUUUCGGCUUAUAGGUACCUGAACGUGUUGCGGUUUGUAGCAGACUCAGCAGCUCAGGAGAAUCUUACACCUACACCAGUCGACCUGAAUAAGAUCCUCAUUUCGCUAGGGGAGACCUACGCCGAUGUCUUCUCCGACGCAGAGAGCAGUGUUUGUGAUCGUUUCACAGUUGGGCGUAGGGUCUUAGAGGAAUACAUUAAUAAUCCCGAACUUGCUCUCCAUAUGACUGAGGAAGAUAAAGACAAAUAUGCUCUGGCCGAACGGCAUGUUUCUCGGGCGCUGGAGCAGAUGAUCCUGCUUAUGCUCAAGUUCCGUCCUCCCUACGUGCUAUGUAUAACAACUGCGUCUCUCCUGAACACCAUGGAUACGGAACAUGGUACCUUCGCAGGAUGUAGUGGUCGAUAG